AUGGCUGUAAGAAGGCAGAUUCAGAAAGUGGCAGGGGUAGCUGUUUGUGGCAAUUUUGAGAAAUAUCUUGGUCUCCCUGCUAUUAUAGGUAGAUCAAGGAAAUUGUGCAAAGAGAUAGCUGCUGUGAUGGCAAGAUUUUGGUGGAGUCAUAUGCAAAAUGAUAAAAAAAUUCAUUGGAGGAGCUGGUCAAAGAUGGGUGAUUCUAAAGGUAGAGGAGGGCUGGGAUUUAGAGAGUUUGAAUGUUUUAACAAAGCCAUGUUGGCUAAGCAAGUAUGGAGAAUCUUGAAUAAUCCUAACUCUUUGGUGGCAAGAGUAAUGCAAGAGAAGUAUUUUAAGGGAAAGAGUGUUUUGGAUGCUAGAUUGGGUUAUUCUCCAUCUUUGGUAUGGAGGAGUCUUUUUUCCUCUAUUGGCUUAAUAAAAGAUGGAUUAUUAUGGAGGUUUGGAGAUGGGAAUACGAUCAAAAUAUGGAAGGAUAGAUGGGUACCUUCAUCUUCCUUCCAUUUAUUACGAUCUCCUGUGAAGAUGCUUCCAGCUGAGGCAACUGUUAAGCAGUUGACUAAGAAGGAUAGAGGUAAAUGGAAUGAAGAGCUUAUUAAUGAGAUUUUCAACAAAGAGGAGGCUGAGGCCAUUGAGAAUGAUAGUCCAGUUCAUAAGUGGGCUUGUUCUGCAGGUCACUUUAUGGAUUUAUGGAAGCAAAUUAAUAGUUGUUUGGAGGAGGAUGGGGUUGGUCUUGUGGCUUGCACGAUGAGAAGGAUAUGGUUGAGAAGAAACUCAUUUAUUUUUGAGAAGAAGUUUGAGAGUCCAAAAGUAUUAAUUCAUGCUGCCAAGCAGAAUCUUGAAGAGUUCAGAACUGUAAACAAUCCAUCUAAGCCUGAUCAAGUUGACAGGAGGCUGAUUAGGUGGAAAGAACCUGAUGCUAUGGUCUGCAAAGUAAACUGGGAUGCUGCACUGGAUGUAAAAAACAAACAAGUGGGAAUUGGGAUCAUUGUAAGAGACUCGGAGGGUGAGAUCCUUGCCUAUCUGUGUUCAAAACUUUCUAUUGUUGUUAAGGCUGUAGUGGUUGAGGCAUAUGCACUGAGAAGAGCAAUGUUUUCUUAUCUGGAACUGGGAUUGCAGAAGGUAAUGUUGGAAGGUGAUUCCCAGGUGGUUGUCAAAGAUACAAACGAUAAUGUUGAUAUAUGGGCAGAUUAUGUUGUAAUAAUUGAGGAUACUAGAAGAUUGAUGAAGAAUAAUAUGAGUUGGUCUGUAAAUUUCAUUCAUAGGGAGGCUAACAAUUUAGCUCAUUCAUUAGCCAAAAUGGCUCUUACUUGUGCUGAAGAAAUUGUAUGGAUGGAGGAGGCCCCUCCACAGAUUAUGAGCUCUGUGUUGAGGGAGAAAUAUUGUAAUGAUUGUUUUGUUGAUAAAUGA